ACAACGACAAUAACUCAGCCCUUGGAGCUGCUGCUUCUUCACUCUCCCCUUUCUAUGCCUGCCCCCUUCCCACGCCCCUCGGCUUCCCCAGGAGUGGCGAAGGCUAGCUGGAAAGCUGCCCGGCUCCUUCACUUUGCCUGGAGAAAAGAGUUUCGGCUGCAGAGUUUUGAGACAGCCACAGCUGGCAAUCUGAAGGAGAGGAACAUCAGGAGAAGCCCCCCCACACACACCCAAGACCCCAUGUUGCCCAUGGAAGGGAUGACUACCCAUGUCUAGAGGGCUCUUCCUUUUCUUCUGUAUUGGAAGGAGCUAACUGGCAUUUUGAGAUUUUCCUCUACCUUCCCUUGCAUGGUAGGGAUUAGGAGGGGCUGAAGUCUCCAAGGCUACCAAGAACCCUGGCCGUCAGGUGAAAGGAUGGAGAACAAAGCCAUGUACCUCCAUACCUUUGGCGAGAGAGAGAACGGGUCCGUCUUCGAGGAGCAGUUUGACGGAAAGAACCUCUCGAAGCUGAACCUCUGUGAUGAUGGUCCAGGGAGCAGGAAGCGGCCAUCGGGACCCUGCGGACAGCUGGGCUCCCUGGCUGCUCUCAAAUACGCCGUGGUUGGGCUCUACCUGUUGGUCUUCCUGAUCCUUGUGGGUGUUUUCAUCCUCGCAGUUUCCAGGCCUCAGAGCUCUCCAGAAGACCUGAAGGUGCUAACGGGGAAUGUCAACCGGUUAAACGAAAGCUUCCGGGACCUCCAGCUGACGGUCCUGCAGCAACCUCUCAAAGGGGACUUCCUGGACCACAUCUGGCGCCUGCAGGACCUUCUUCAGAACCACUCUGACUCUCUCCUGCUGAUGACCAGCUCCCUUCAGAAGCUGGAAGGGGCCCUCGGGAGCUUGCGGUCCCAAGCGGAUCAGACAGACCGGGCGGUCUCCGGCCUACGGGAGGCCUUGAACCAGCAGAGUGACUUGGCACAGAUGGAGAUCUACAAGGUCUCCGUGGAGGGGAACAGCAGCCGACUCCUCCUGAGGCACCACGAGAGCUUGCUGACGCAGCUGGCGUCCCGGGUGGAGGGCUUGAACGACCAGCUGACCAUGGUGGGUGGGGAGGUGGGCAGCAUGAACCGGACCCUGUCCUACGACGUGGGCAUCCACCACACCCGCAUCCAGGACCUGCAGGUCCUGAUCAGCAACGCCAGCGAGGACGCCCGCCAGAUGCGCCUUGUCCACAUCGCCAUGGAGCAGCAGCUCAAGCACGAGCUGGCCAUCCUCAACAACGUGACCGAGGACCUGCGCCUCAAGGACUGGGAGCACUCCAUCGCCUUGAGGGACAUCUCGGUCAUACGAGGGCCACCUGGACCGAAAGGGGAUCAAGGCAACGAAGGGAUGGAAGGGGAGCCCGGUCCUCCUGGCUUACCUGGCCUGCAAGGAUUCCCUGGCGAAAGAGGACCUAUGGGGCAGCGUGGGCAAAAGGGCGACCGAGGAGACCUUGGCCCACGAGGAAUGCCUGGGCCACGUGGAGUUGCAGGUGACCAAGGCCCAAAGGGGGAGAAGGGGGACAGAGGAGACCGAGGCGGAGAACCAGCCCCUGCUUCCGAGGAGGGGAUUAUCCGCCUGGUGAACGGCUCAGGCCCCCACGAAGGGCGGGUGGAGGUUUAUCACGACCGAUCGUGGGGAACCGUUUGUGACGACGGCUGGGACAAGAAAGAUGGAGAUGUGGUGUGCCGGAUGCUGGGCUUCCGAGGCGCAGAAGAGAUUUACAGGGUGGCUGUCUUUGGGCAAGGGAAAGGACGCAUCUGGAUGGACGACGUGGCCUGCAAGGGGACGGAGGAGAGCUUGCUCCAGUGUAGCUUUUCCGGCUGGGGGAAAACAAACUGUGGACACGCGGAAGACGCUGGCGUGAAAUGCUUGACGCCGUGAGGAGGGAAGCUUGGCACCCAAAGAGCAAACAGAGGACCUCUGUCGGAGAGGAAAUGAUGUGACCUCAGAGAGGCUGGCCAAUAAUUGCAGGCGCCUUUUCUUCCUGCCAGCUCCUGACUCCCCCCUCAGAGGAAUUGGGGCAUCUCAGCCUUUCUGUCUCUCAGGGCUUGCUUGUAGAAUCUACUGUAAUGUUUCUGUCUACCCUGUGAGUGUACCGUCUUUGCUGCCCGCAUUCUCCACCAAUCUGUAACACCACAGGGAGGAGGUGUCAGGCUUCCCCCCCAAUUGUAUUGCUCCCUUUCCUUGUAUGUAUAGACCAAAGCUCUGGGGCGACCAGCCAGUUAAGCCUCCCAUUUUUUGAUGGAACUGCUGGCACUAAACUAUAUGGACUUUGAAUCGCUGGUGAAGUCGAUCCCGUUACCGCGAGCAUGAUGCAGCCGCUGAACCAGCUCCGCAGCUCCCUGAGAAGUCAAGACGUGCCCAGUGCGGGGAGUAGCCAAGCAGCUGUGGACAUAAUCUGUUUGCUUAGUGAGCUGCUGAUGCGUUGCUUUCUUAAUGAUAGAAUAAAGGAUAUUGGUGUGA